AUGCCGGGCUAUUUCAUAUGCAUAGCGAUAGCACUCUUUCUCGCUCACUUCUCUGUUGGUAUUUAUGCCAGCUCUGGCCCAUCCUCUGUUUCAUCUCCGUCUCCGAUAGAAAAUCAACCCAUUGGUCAUUCGAUCGACAUCCCAGCCCAAAACAACGUUCUACCCCGUGAUCUUGAAGAGAUCAUUCUGAAUGGCCCCGAUGAGCAAAAGGCCCGCGAGUGGAAUCUCCACUAUACGUCCGAGCCACAUUUCCUGGGCCAAGGAGAAUCUCUCGCUGUGUGGACUCAAGACAAAUGGCGCGAAUUUGGGGUUGAGAACACCUCCAUCAAGGCAUAUCCAGUCCCCACUCCGCCCACCAAGCCGGUGUAUCAAAGGCUCGCGUUACUUGAGCGGAAGCCUGGCCAAGAUGACACAGAGUUAUUCAACGCUAGCCUGAACGAAGGUUCGACUUUCGUGAACCCCAUCAGUGGAAAAAUCGUCAGCACUCCUCAGUUCUUCUCCAGUUCGCCAAGUGGAAAUGUUACGGCACCCUUUGUAUUUGUGAAUUUUGGUGAGGAAUCAGACUACGAUGACCUCAAACAAUCAAAUAUCGACGUGAGUGGUAAAAUUGGGAUUAUGAAACAACGUUCAUUGGCCGUCCAGCGCGCCCUAUAUAAUGCACACGACAGAGGAAUGGUGGGCUUGAUAUUUUACCUCGACCCGGAGUUUGACGCAAAUGUCACCGAAGCACAUGGCUACCGGCCAUUUCCUGAAGGCCCGGCUAGGGCACCAGGUAGCGUUGUGCGCCGAGGUCUCGAUGUUCCGGAUCCAUUACUGAAGAUUCCUACCCUACCAAUCUCGUACUCCGAGGCCCUCCCAUUUCUCAAGGCUCUUAAUGGCCAUGGUCCCCGGGCGAGCGAUAUCAGUACCGCUUGGCAGGGAGGGCAGCUAGGAUAUCUCGGGGUCGAUUACAACGUUGGACCUUCACCGGAUGGCUUGAUGAUUAACCUAGUGAACACCAUGCAGGGUUCGAACAUCUCUGCAUACGACGUGAUCGGGACGAUCAAGGGCGAGAUUGAGGACGAAGUGAUUUUCCUAGGAAACCAUCGUGACGCGUGGGCUGCUGGUGCCGGUGACCCAAAUAGUGGUUCUGCGGCACUAAACGAAGUGAUCCGAACCCUUGGUAUGGCUAUGAAGAAAGGCUGGAGACCAUUAAGAACGAUAGUGUUUGCCAGUUGGGAUGGCCAUGAGCCAAGCAGUUGGGGAUCCUCCCUCUGGGUAAAGGAUAAUCUGCCUUGGUUGUCUGAAGUGGCCGUCGCUUAUCUUGAGAUCGAGACUGCUGCAACUGGCACAGAGCUUUUCGUCAAAGCUAGUCCACUUCUGCGUGACGUCAUCUACUCUGCCGCUGCGAAGGUUCUUAGCCCCGACCAGAGUAAACCAGGACAGAGCGUCAUGGAUGUAUGGGGUGGUCAUAUAGAUCCAGAAGGUGCAGGAGACAGUAAUAUAUUCGUCGGCAAUGGCAUUUCCUCCCUCAACAUUGGUUUUGCUCCUGGUCCAACGGAUCCUGUCUUCCACUGGCACUCGGACUUUGAUACUGUACAAUGGAUGGACACCUUUGGGGAUCCAAACUAUGAGUAUCAUACUGCAAGUGCUAAACUGUGGGCGCUGGCUGCAACCCACUUGGCGGAUGAGCCAGUCCUUUCCUUCAAUGCCACGGCAUAUCCAGUGUCACUGGAUGGUUAUUUAGACGAGCUGAAGGACACCUUGAGAAAAGCAAUAUCAGACGAAGCCUCCCAGCAAGGGCAAGAUUCCUGUACUGUCAAUCUGCAACCAUUGGGAGAUGCAAUUGCAGAGCUGCACCAGGUGGCUGUUCAGUUUGACACGAACGCAGCCGACCUUGCAGCGAAGCUGGCCGGAAAAAAUACGACCAUAACAGCUUCAACCUACCAGAAAGAGAAGAUGAUCCAGGAAAUUAACCAAAAGUACAGAACAUUUGAGAAGCAAUUCGUGGUUCCCCCAGAUAGUCCAGAGGCACGAUCACAGCAUGUUGUGUAUUUGCGAACCUCGUUCAAGGUUGUUGUGCCUACUUUUCCUGGUAUCAGGAAUAACGUGAAAAGCGGCAACUGGUGCGACGCAGAGAAAUCGACCCAGAUUGUCAUAGACAAAGUACGCAGCGCAACAGAGCUGCUACGACCGUAA